CCGGCGCCUGCGGUGAGGACUACCUCUCCCGCCUCGGGCACGCUCCAGCCCGCGCGCUCCCGCGGCCCCGCGCACUCCAGCCCCUUCUCCGUCCGCGCUGCGCCGCACAGGCUGCCGCUUUGGGAGCUCGUGACCGGGGCCCUGGCGUGCGGAGAGGGCCUCGGCGGGGCCCAGCGGCGGGGCCCGGGAGGAUGCGGCCCGGGGCGGCCCGACAGCUGAGCAGGGUCCCGGAGCCAGCCCCGAGCGGUCCCGGCCUUGGAAGCCGCAGCCGCCGCCCCGCCCCCGGGAGACAUGACUUCCAAGCCGCAUUCCGACUGGAUUCCCUACAGUGUCCUAGAUGAUGAGGGCAGCAACUUGAGGCAGCAGAAGCUUGACCGGCAGCGGGCCCUGUUGGAGCAGAAGCAGAAGAAGAAGCGCCAGGAGCCCCUGAUGGUGCAGGCCAACGCAGAUGGGCGGCCCCGGAGCCGGCGGGCCCGGCAGUCAGAGGAGCAAGCCCCCCUGGUGGAGUCCUACCUCAGCAGCAGUGGCAGCACCAGCUACCAAGUUCAAGAGGCCGACUCACUUGCCAGUGUGCACCUGGGAGCCACCCGUCCACCAGCACCAGCCUCAGCCAAGAAAACCAAGGCAGCGGCUGCAUCGGGGGCCCAGGGUGGGGCCCCUAAGAAAGAGAAGAAGGGAAAACAUAAAGGCACCAGCGGGCCAGCAACCCUGGCAGAAGACAAGUCUGAGGCCCAAGGCCCAGUGCAGAUCCUGACUGUGGGACAGUCAGACCACGCCAAGGAUGCAGGGGAGACAGCAGCCGGUGGGGGCACACGGCCCAGCGGGCAGGACCUCCGUGCCACGAUGCAGAGGAAGGGCAUCUCCAGCAGCAUGAGCUUUGAUGAGGAGGAAGAGGAUGAGGAUGAAAACAGCUCUAGCUCCUCCCAGCUAAACAGCAACACCCGCCCUAGUUCUGCCACUAGCAGGAAGUCCAUCAGGGAGGCAGCCUCAGCCCCCAGCCCAGCAGCCCCAGAGCCACCGGUAGAGAUUGAGGUCCAGGAUCUAGAGGAGUUUGCUCUGAGGCCCGCCCCACAGGGGAUCACCGUCAAAUGCCGCAUCACUCGGGACAAGAAGGGGAUGGACCGGGGCAUGUACCCCACCUACUUUCUGCACCUAGACCGUGAGGAUGGCAAGAAGGUAUUCCUCCUGGCGGGGAGGAAGAGAAAGAAGAGCAAAACUUCCAAUUACCUCAUCUCUGUGGACCCGACAGACUUGUCUCGGGGAGGCGACAGCUAUAUCGGGAAAUUACGGUCCAACCUGAUGGGCACGAAGUUCACUGUUUAUGACAAUGGCGUCAACCCUCAGAAGGCAUCGUCCUCUACACUGGAAAGUGGGACUUUGCGCCAGGAGCUGGCAGCCGUGUGCUAUGAGACAAAUGUCCUGGGCUUCAAGGGACCUCGGAAGAUGAGUGUGAUUGUCCCAGGCAUGAACAUGGUUCAUGAGAGAGUCUGUAUCCGUCCCCGCAACGAACACGAGACACUGCUAGCACGCUGGCAGAACAAGAACACGGAGAGCAUCAUUGAGCUGCAAAACAAGACACCAGUCUGGAAUGAUGACACACAGUCCUACGUACUCAACUUCCAUGGGCGUGUCACACAGGCUUCUGUGAAGAACUUUCAGAUCAUCCACGGCAAUGACCCGGACUACAUCGUCAUGCAGUUUGGCCGGGUAGCAGAAGAUGUGUUCACCAUGGAUUACAACUACCCACUGUGUGCACUGCAGGCCUUUGCCAUUGCGCUGUCCAGCUUUGACAGCAAGCUGGCCUGCGAGUAGAGGCCUCCUCUGCCAUUAGGGUGGCCCGGUCUGGAGUGGAGCUUGCCUGCCUGCCGAGACAGCCCUGCCUCCCCUCUGUUCAUAGGCCCUCAGUGGGCUUUCUGGCCUUACCAACCAGAAACUGGCUGCUCUGCCUCUGCUGCUGCAGCAGGGGGACAGCAAAUGGGUAUGAAGGGAAAAGAGUAUUUCUGUGCCCCAAGGUCAACACACAUAACCAGUCCUGGGUCAGUGCCCUGCCACAGCUGUUUACCACACAUGGCGACCUCUUCAGCAGGAGGAGAAACACAGGCAGGCCUGCUGAGGCCCAGCCAUUCACUCAGCCUACAAGUCAGAGGACAGUGGGUGUCCCAGGAGGUAGGGGAACAGUGUGUGUGUGUGUGUAUGGAUAGGGCACUUAAGCUUUAUGUAGCAAAGGGCCUGGUGGUCAGCAGAAAGUACUCCCACCUCAAAAGGGCCCAUCAGGCCUAAGGGAAGUUGGGGGGUGGGGAUAGGUGAGUGGCGGAACCUUGCUAGGACUUCAGGGGCCUGGCUGUGUGAAUUAGCUGGUGGUUUAGAAUGGUAGCUCAUUUGUUGCUUCCAGAAGCAAGAACCCAGCUCUCAAGGCCAAAUAUCUGAGUGGGUGGGGGUUAUAGGAGUCGUCCAGUGGGCUCCCUCCAUCAGGGCUCUUGGACGCUGAGCAGCCCCAACACAACUCCUAUGACACAUGCAUAGGGUAGAGGUCGCCACUCAAGUAUGAUGUGCUUCGGGAGGAAUGUCCUCUCUGGGAAGACCCAGCUCCCACCAUUGCCAGCAUGCCUGAUCUUUGAGGCUGUGUGCCAUUCUUAGGGGAAUGGAGACAGGCGAGGAGAGCAGAGGAUAUCUUUAGGGCUCAGAGGUGGCAGGACUCUGUGUGGCUCACCAAAAGCAAUGCUGAUUCCGGAGAACAUGGGACGUGUCUCUUGGUUACCUAACUGGUUAAUGGCAGAGUUCAGAACCUUAAGUUCCUUUGUUCCUCAUGUUGCCCAGAAACUAGACUCUCUGGCUUUCUGGGGUCCAUUCUGUAUGCCCUUCCCUUCCCAAUUCCAGAGACUUUGGACCCUCAGAGUUAAUGUCUAAGACGGAAAAUCUUUCGGUAGGACAUCAGGCAGUUCCUCGUGAAACUUGUCUGAACGGAUCUGGCCUGUGCCUGCGCCCCUCUCCGAGGGCCUCAAGCUACGCGCAGACCUCAGCAGGGCCACUGUGCACUCGUGUGUAGAUGUGACCAGCAGCCUGAGGGUCAGGGACUAGGCCUGGACUUCCUCCACUGCCACUUUUCCUUGGAUGGCACCACUCAUCUGGUGGGCUUGGGAACUACAAUCCCUGCCUGUGUGUCAUUUGCAAGGAGCUUCUGGCCUAGAUGGAGAUAAGAAACCAGUGGGAAGCAAAGAGCAUUUAGACAUUGCUUUAAAAUAGAUAUGCUCAGAAGCUAAGUAGAGAUUUAAAAAGUCACACGUUAACUAUGUAAAUGAGGCUCUGCAGGUAAGAGAGCUGGAUUGAUGUAAAUGGAAAUAGUACGUAAGAAAAAAAAACCUCUGGAUUUUCCUGUUUCCUUCUAAGCAAGGCACAUCCGCUGCAGCAGGAUCUGACACACCUGAGCCAUACAUCUCCACAAGAGGACCUUCCAGGGAGUUAGCCUUUGUUUACAGUCUAGUUUCUAGAAGGCCCAGGACUUCUAUGCUGGGGCUGGCCUAUCUCCUGAUGAAAGAUUACCGUGCCAUCUGCUUCCUUCCCACAGUUCUGUAUUUGCCCUCCUUCCCUAACUUUAUAAGGAUUUAGAGGUGGCAGAAAGCAGAUCUUCAUUCUAGUCAAGCUCUUCUCGGGGUUUACAAUUUCAAGGUUGAACAGGCUGAUGCUGGAGUCUAGUGGGUGGUUAAGAGUCGCACUGGAAGCACAUGGGAAACUCUUGACCUCUGCUCUCUGCUUUAGCACACAAAAAGGGGGUGUUGGCUACUUGCAUAUACAUUUGGUGACACCAGGAAAUAGGCCCACUGUGGGGAAAGGCAGCCUUAGCACAUGACCCUCUGUUGGGCACUGAGUGACAAGAACAGUUGAGUCAUCUGCUUCAGACCAGCAUCACAAGGUCAGAUCUUAAGACUCAGCUCCUGGUGACAUUGCCUUUUAUGAGCACAGGAUCAUGGACCUCAAAUACCAGGGCCCCAGGAAUCACCUGGGUUCAGCCUCUCCCACAGUAAGAUUUCUUAUCUUUCACACCCUCUUCUCCUAGUUGGUCCUUGACUAGGGAGCAGAUUGAUGAGCGGACAGUCCCUAAGAGUGUGGGACAGCUGGAACCUUAGGCAGCUCCUCUGUAUGCUACUGGCUCUAUAUCCUAAAACUCUCCACCCUCUGCUCCAAAACAGUUCCUGCAGAGUGGUGAUGUUAGCUUCCCCAAGUCCUCUCCGAGUCUAGCUUUUUGUGUCCUUCUGGCUCCAAGGUGCUCUGUGUCCUUCUGUGUGUGUGUGCGUGCAUGUAUGUCUGAAGGAAAGGGCAGCCAACAGAAGUUAAGAUCACGUCUGAGUAGGAAAAGACCGAGGAGGCAGUUGUGACCCCUGUGGAUUAUGUCCCUUCUUUCCAUGCUCUUUCUCCCAUGGUUCCAAGCAGGAGACUGUCAAGGAAAUGUAGUGUUGGUCUCACUGGAGGCAGAGAUGUGAUUCUUUAAAAUGAACACGAUGUAGUGAUGGUGCCUUAACAAUCUUGACACUAAGGGGAAGCAAGUCAGGUGCAGGCUGAAAGAGAACUUUGGGUAAACCUACCUUCACUGAUGAGGCAGCAACGUUGUAGAAGUGGUUUAUUUGUCCCUUCUUUCUGGAAAGGCAGGGUGUUUGCCUCCAAACUUUAGAAGUAGUUCUAAGUUUAAGCGAUAGGAAUGACUGCUCAGAUGGGGUCAGCAGGGAGGAGCCACGUCCACAGCUCUGCUCUGCAAGCACAACACCCAUCUCCUCGAUGGACAGCCUGGUUUCCCCCUUAGCGGCAGCCCUGGCCUUCCCUUCUCUGUAUUCCUUGCCCCAGCUGUGAUAUCCUCAUGGGAUUUCAGGAUGCCAGGUGCCAUCAAAGCAUGCUCUCUGUGGUGCCUAGCACUGUGACUGGGGCCCAACUGCCCUGCAGAGUUGGGACCUUAUACUGCCCUAGGCUCUGGCUUACAGACCUGCUCUAGUCUCCAGAACCAGCUGUGGAAUGGUUUCUUAUUUUAGUUUAUGGCCAUCUGCGCACUCACUUCCAGCUUGCAAUUUUCUGUCAUUUCAAGAUCUUAAGUACUGGGAUGGGUUUUCAGUGCAGAGGUGACUUGGUCCAGGAAAAUAGAACUGAAUUUACAGCAGCUAGAGCAUUUGAGCAAACUACAUAAUCCUACAUCUGUCUCCUCACCUGCAAGAUAAGGACGCAGGCCUGUCAAAGCUUGGUUAGUGAAGGUUAAUCCUUGCUCUCAUUACUACCUUUCCUCGUCAUCACUGUGCCUUCUUUCUUUCUAAGAAAGAUACUGCACCCCUCUCCUCUGUUCUCCUGCCCCUCCGCCCCCAUUGAGGUCCAGGUAGAGCUGGAGAUGAGGCUGAAAUCUCGAGACUUCUGUAGAGCACCUCAGAGUAGCACACAAGGAAGCCCAGCUCCAGCCUCCUAGAUGUGAGCAGCCUGGUGAGGACAGGCAGCAUUUCUCUUGCUGGGAGCACACUUAGCCAGUUUUCACAACGCCUAGAACAUGUAUGUCUAUUUGCACAUGAUUGUCUUUUCCUAUUUUGGAGUGGUCAAACAUUUUAUUUUUGUUUAAAAUUAUCUGGAGUUUUAGACAAACUUGCAAAACUGUGCUUUUAUUAAGUGACUUUUUGAAUAAACUUUUUGGUAUUCUGAAGCAAAUGUAUUUAUUUAUUGGUAUGUGCAAUGACAAACUUGGUAUUUUCCCAUAAUAACAUUAUGUAUGUUGUAGAAUUUAGUGUUUGUCCAAGUACAGGCGUGUAUCAACAAAUUAAACUUGAACUGUUUGA